UCAAUUCCUGUCAAAGCCGUUUCCUGUUUCAAAACUUUCCGCCUGUUCACCAUAAAAGCAACCUGUCUUCAGACUUAUCUUGACAGAUGUGAUUUGCCCAGACGUAGGGUUACUGUGGUUUCUGCUGCUGUUAAAUUUAUUUGCCUGCACAUCAGAAUUCCUCACAGAAGCAAAAAAAUGUCUAACAACACGGAGCAAAAUGGAAUCGCCGUGUAUCCAAACACAGCGUAUGCUCUUGUGUUUGGAUCGGUAAUGGCGCUGGGUCUUCCUCUCAAUGCUGUAUCAUUGUGGAUAUUUUUACGCUUCCACAGCCUCAAAUCCACGAAUGCUGUCUUCAUGGUCAACCUGGUGAUCUCAGACCUGCUGCUCGUCAUCUCCUUGCCCAUGAGGAUCUACUUUUAUGCCACAGGCACCUGGCCACUGAAUAGUAUGUGGUGCAUUUGGAUUACAAUGCUCUUUCGCAACAACAUCCGCUCCAGCUCCAUCUUCAUCACCUUUAUCUGCGUUGACCGGCUGCUCGCUGUGGUUUAUCCUCUAACGUCACGUCAUCUUCGAACCCCUUCCAACGCCUGGAAAGCUGCUGCGCUCGUUUGGCUGUUUGUGGUGGUGGUGAACAUCCCAGAGAGCGUGAGAUUUUCAAGAUGCUUCAAUGAAAACAAGUGCAAUAAAUCUGUCUGUUUUGAAUUGAAACCAUAUAAUGAUCAAAUGCCUGCAUUAGAUUAUUUUCAGCCUGUGUUAGUAUUCAUCAUGUUGGCAGUCAAUGUAGUGUGCACCACUAUGGUGUCUUGGACUCUACACGGACAUCUCAAGGACUCUGCAAAGGUCAACAACAAGGUGAAUGUCUUGCUGAUUUUUGUCAUGAACUUGGUGAUGUUCACUGUAUUUUUCUUGCCUGUGUCAUUGACUGUUUUCUUUAGGACAUCGGAUAGAUUAGUAGUCACACCACUGAAAUGUCUUGCUAGUGUAAACUGCUGUCUGGAUCCUCUGUUGUAUUACUUUUCAUAUGAUGGUUUCUGGAAGAGAAAAGAGGAAGUAAAUACUGAGAGACAGGAACAUGUGGCAGUAAAUACUACUGAAGAACUAUAGAAUAUGCAUUAUUUGUGUGCUGUACAUAUAAUAUGAAGGUCGUUAGGAAAAUAAAAUAAUAUGCUAUGUUAUCUUAAAUAAAUCUCGCUUUUGCACUGGAUACAGAUGUGGGCAGUGGUAGGGAGUGAUGUGGGCAAUAUAGCUCAGUACAUUUAUUCAAGUACUGUACAACUUGAAAUGUUUUACUACAUUUGUCUCACAGAGCAGUUUCACCCUUCUUGUUCGGUGACAGGAAGGGUGAAACUGUGAAAACAUCCUAUUCUCUUUUAUAUUGGCUGAUUUUUUAUGUUUCAAAAAACUGAAGGAUUCUCCUUAAAUAAACUAUUUAACAACU